AUGGGUGCUGAGGAGGAGGUGCAGGUCACAUUAGCAGGGGGAGCACCCUGGGGCUUCCGGCUUCAAGGGGGGGCCGAACAGAGGAAACCUUUACAGGUAUCUAAGAUCCGAAGACGCAGCCAGGCCGGCAGAUCAGGACUCCGGGAGAGGGACCAGCUCUUAGCGAUCAACGGGGUUUCUUGCACCAACUUCUCCCAUGCCAGUGCCAUGACCCUCAUCGAUGCCUCAGGGCAUCAGCUUGUCCUUACUGUGAGGAGGGUAGCAGAGGAAGGGUCUGUGAGAUCUCCAUCUCCAGGAGAGCUUCAGAUGCUGUCACCCUUAUCUCCACUGAGUCCUGAGCCCCCGGGUGCUCCUGUCACCCAGGCUCCUCAGCCCGGGAGCCUUCGAUCACCCCCUGACAGUGAGGCUUACUAUGGAGAGACGGACAGUGAUGUGGAUGGCCCUGCCACACAAGAGAAGCCACGCAGAACCCGCCGCCGAGGUCCUCCGAGGCCUUCCCUUCCAGGAGCUCCACCUGAUGAGGUGUACCUGUCUGACAGCCCCGCAGAACCAGCGCCUGUUAAAACUGGCUCUCCCAGCCAGGGUGACAGCCGUGUAAGCUCCCCAUCUUGGGAGGAAGGGUCAGCCCUUCAGCCACCACCAGCAGAGGCCCUUCUGUUACCCCAUGGUCCACUCCGGCCUGGUCCUCAUCUCAUCCCUAUGGUGGGCCCUGUCCCCCACCCUGUGGCAGAAGAUCUCACCACCACCUACACCCAGAAGGCCAAGCAAGCCAAACUGCAACGCGCAGAAAGCCUCCAAGAGAAGAGUGUGAAGGAGGCCAAGACCAAAUGCCGGACCAUUGCAUCCCUACUGACGGCAGCCCCCAACCCUCACUCCAAGGGGGUGCUUAUGUUUAAGAAGCGGCGGCAGAGAGCCAAGAAGUACACCCUAGUGAGUUUCGGGGCUGCAGCUGGGACAGGAACAGAGGAGGAGGAGGACGGCAUCCCCCCAACGAGUGAGUCGGAGCUGGACGAGGAGGCCUUCUCAGACGCCCGCAGCCUUACUAAUCAAUCCGACUGGGACAGCCCUUAUCUAGACAUGGAGCUGGCUAGGGCUGGCUCAGGCAUAGCAGAGAGUCAGAGCUCUGGACUUGGAGGACAGCUAAGUGAGGUCUCUGGCCGAGGGGUCCAGCUCUUUGAACAGCAGCGCCAGAGGGUAGCCUCCAGCUCCCAGGAGCUGGCUCAGGUGGGCCCAGCAGCCAUGCUUAAUGGGCAGAGUCUGCAGUCCCCACCUCGAGCUCAGAGUGCUCCCCCAGAGGCAGCGGUGCUCCCACUCAGCCCUUUGUCAGCCCCUGCAGCCAGCCCUAGCCCCUUCUUUCAGGAUGGUGGAGCCCCCAGCCCUGCGCCAAGUAUCUUUAACAGGUCAGCGAGACCUUUUACCCCAGGUUUACAAGGGCAACGGUCAGGCACCACCUCAGUGAUUUUCCGACCCGUAGCCCCUAAGAAGGUUAAUGAAGCCUUGGGGGGCACUAGCCCCGCCCCAUCCCCCUUCGCAGCUUCUCUACAGGGGCCCACCCCUCUGCCCAGCUUCACCACUGUGGUGCCCAACCACACGCCGGUCUCUGGAACCUCCAGCAGCACCCAACGCUCCUCCGGUCCUGUGACCGCUACCAGCUCCUUGUACAUCCCAGCCCCGAGCCGGCCCGUUACACCAGGAGGUGCCCCAGAGCCUCCCACUCCUCCUAGCGCUGCUGCCAUGACCUCCACUGCUUCCAUCUUCUUGUCCACUCCUCUGAGAAACUCUGCGCGCCCGGAGGCACCCGGCACGGCGGCCCCCGAGCCUGCCAGCGCUCGGGAGCAGCGCAUCUCUGUGCCCGCUGCCCGCACCGGCAUCCUGCAGGAGGCUCGGCGCCGGGGAACCCGCAAACAGAUGUUCCGGCCUGGAAAGGAAGAGACGAAGAACUCGCCCAACCCCGAGUUGCUAUCGCUGGUACAGAACCUGGAUGAAAAACCUCGGGCGGGCGGUGCGGAAUCUGGUCCGGAGGAGGACGCUUUAAGCCUCGGAGCAGAAGCCUGUAACUUCAUGCAGCCACUAGGGGGCAGGAGUUACAAGACCCUGUCUCAAGUGUCACCGAAAACCCCACCUCCAAUGGCUCCCAAAACCCCACCCCCUAUGACGCCUAAGACUCCACCCCCUGUGGCUCCUAAACCCGGGUCUCGAGGGCUCCCUGAUGGGCUAGUGAAUGGAUCGACCUCUAUGGUUGGGAUUCCUGAGCUCCCAAGGCUGCAGGGGAGGGGUGGGGAGCUAUUUGCCAAACGGCAGAGCCGUGCCGACCGGUACGUGGUGGAAGCUACACCCGGCUCUAGCCUUAAUCCAGGCCUUCGCCCUAGAAGUCCUUCUCCCACACCCUCACUGCCCCCAUCCUGGAAAUACUCACCCAACAUCCGUGCCCCACCUCCUAUUGCUUACAACCCACUUCUCUCACCCUUUUUUCCUCAAGCUGCCCGAACUCUCCCCAAUAAGGCUCAAUCCCAGGGACCUCGGGCGACCCCUAAACAGGGUAUCAAGGCCCUGGAUUUCAUGCGGCAUCAGCCAUACCAACUUAAAACUGCCAUGUUUUGUUUUGACGAGGGUCCUUCAACUCCUGCCUCCACUUCAGGGCCUCCCAAAACAGCCCGAGUCCAGGAGAUCCGCAGAUUUUCCACUCCGGCGCCCCAGCCCACUGCAGAACCCUUGGCUCCCACUGUGCUUGCCCCCAGAGCGGCUACCACCUUGGACGAGCCCAUUUGGAGGGCAGAGUUGGCCUCAUCCCCAGUCCCUAACCCGGACCAUCUAGAGUCUCUCAGGAGCUUUGCGGCCACUCCCACUUCCUGCGGCUUCCAAGUAGCCAGGCCGCGGUUCUCAGCCACCAGAACAGGGUUGCAGGCUCAUGUCUGGAGACCUGGGGCAGGGCACCACUGA